GUGAUGAUAAACACAGUCCUGAGGGUGCGAGCUGCUCAGUCGUGGGAGGGCAGAUCGGGAGGAGAUGCUGCGCUCCGCCGCUUUGGCCGACUUGAAGCCCCAGCUAGUCGUCCUCGUGCUCCUCGACACCUGUGUUAACUGUCUUAGCAUCACCACAAUGUCCAGUCCACUCCACACUGCCAUCCUUCCAUGUAACUUCACUCUGCUGCCCGGUGAUAUCAACCUGCGGGAGCUGAAUGUUGUCUGGACAAGAUGGACAAUGCCAGUGGCACAGUACAUUGGAGGCAAAGUGACCAGUGGCUUAAGGUUCAGUCUGAGAGAAGAUCGCUUGAAGUCUGGGGAUGCAUCUCUUCACCUGAGUCCAGUGUCCAUGGAGGAUGAGGGUCAGUAUCUUUGUCAAGUGCGAUACCGAACAGAGAAGAUGGACAUUGAGGUAAACCUGACUGUGAGAGCUCCUCCACAGGUGCACGCCACCAUCAGGACAGCCACCCACGGGUCUCAAGGGGUUGUGAACUGCAGUGCCACAGGUUUCUACCCUGAGGGCAUCAAGAUUGCCAUCCAGCAGGACAGAGAGACAUUGAAGAGCGAGAGUCCAUCUGCUCGGAGAGAGCUGGAUGGGACCUUCAGCGCCUCAAGCAUCUACACCUUCAACUGGACCACCAGGGACAAGGAGCUGUUCAUCUGUGAAGUGAGCCACCCUGCUCUGAAACAGCCAAUCAGGAGAGAUGCCAGGGCAGACUCUUCAAUCCUGCUGCUGACCAACGCCGUGCCCGGGGUAAAGAGCGUGGUAAUCUGCCUAAGUCACCGAACCCAGGAAUCUGUGAGCAAGAUCAUCUGGAGGCAAGGUGACACCAUUGUACUGAUAGACAACCCAAAUAUCCUGAUGACCGUCGACGGGCACAUGUCUGUGAUGAGCCGCUACCCGCUUCACCCCCGAGUGGCCAAGAGCAGGUGUCCUGUGAGGUCCACUAUGAAUCUGGACGUUCUGAAAAGAAAAUUGUGCAAUACAUAGGAAACUCUCUGCCAAUGGCUGCUGGAGUUGGUGGGUUCCUCUUACUCCUACUGCUGGCCCUUCUCUUCACCAUCGUACGCCAGUCCUCAGUGUCCCUCUCAGCUCUUAUUCCUGUGAUGGUUGCAAAGAGAGAAACUCUGUCAAUCACCUGCUCCCUGAGCGGCUGGUGUCUUGGGAUGGUCUCUAUACAAUGGUACCUCAAUGGCAAGAAAAUCGAAAUGCAGGUGCUGGAUCAUGAGAAUGAUGAUGAAGAUGAGAAGGUGUGGGUGUCCAUAAGCAAUGUCACUGACUUCUCCAUGAAGAAAGGUCCCACCAAGAAGAGUUGCUGCCAAGGGGAGACCAUCAUCACCUUACAGUUCACGCCAGAGAACCUGGAGUUGGAUGCCAAUGUAAUCAAGUGCCGUGCCCUCCACAAAUUGACCAGGCGCACAGUCAGCUCCACUUACUUUUGUGAGACCUGAAGACAUGUGACCUUUGCCUAAUGGAGUGUCACAGGGAGCAGUUCCCAAUGUAGAUUGGGAGUGAUGGUGACCAGGUGAUCUGUGAAAAUGGCAGCGAGUGGCCAAUGUGAGCCCCAAGCCCCUUUACGUCUCCACUGUUGACCCUAACCUCUUCAGUCACUUUUUGUCCUCACAGCCACCUGGAUUCUUGGCCCUUCCCACUUCUCCACAUGUGACCCUGAACCCAGCUGAUUUAUCCACGAGUCACAGCCAUGAUGCCCAGUGCCACUCGGCCAUUACAAGCCACCCUAACCACCCCAGCAGCCAUUUGUUGUCUGUGCCUCCUCAUCAGCUCCUCCCCUUUCAGAACUCCUCUCAUGCAACGUGAGCUGCCAUUUGCUGUUUUUAGCUCUGGCCUGGUCCUUCCAGUCAUGACACCUCUAAGCCCCUCCUCUUUUCUAGUUUCUUCCAUUUAACUGACAUUUUUCUUCUUGUGUCUCUGAGCUCCGCCCCUCUCUUAACAGCCUGGGCACUUGUAUUCUCCUCCCUUCUUUUGGCUCCUCACUUUACACUAACCCUGGUGUCAUUUGAUUUCUUUAGUUUAUGCCUCCUCAUCUGCUCCUCCCUUUUUCUGUUGGCCAACUGCAUCAGUCUCCUCCCCUUUGCAGAUUGUCUCAUGUGACCCCUCUCCUUUGAGAUGUAACUCCUCUAUGCCCCUCCCCUCUUCUCUUUAAAUGACCACACCCCAUUUGGCUUUUUCUUGACUCUCUCAGCUCCACUCCUCUCUAAAACAGGCCUGACAUUGAUAUGCUCCUCCCCUUCACUGGCUCCUCCCAUAUACAUUAAUUGAGCUGUUACCUGCCCACUGCUCCCGAUUUCCUGUCAUGUCACCUGAGGAACCCUGGAUUAUUUUGUAACCCCUCCCCCUGUUUACAGACAAAACACGACUAUGUCCCUCCACGUAAAGCCCAGGUAUUUGUAUGCUCCUCCACCUUUUGGCUCCUCCCCUUUAUACUAUGCCUGACAUCAUUUGAUUUCUAUAGUUUAUGCCUCCUCAUCUGCUCCUCCCCUUUCCUCUUAGCCAACUGCAUGAAUCUCCACCUCUUGCACAUUCCCUCAUGUGACCUGAAAAGUUCUUGGAUUGUUGUAGCUCCUCCCCUCUCCCUUGAGCGAUGACUCCCACAUUUGUAACUCCUCCCCUCUCCCUUGAGCAAUGACUCCCACAUUCUUCUCUUUAAGUGACUCCACCUCAUUCGCCUCUCUCUGUCAGCUCCGGUCCUCUAUUCAUAGCCCUGGCAUAUGUAUGUCGUCCUCCCCUUUAUCUUUACCCUGGCCCCACCUGCCUUGUUCUCCAAUGCCCUUCAUCCUCAUCCUCCUCCUCUGAUCAUCACAAAUUGUUUAAUAAAGCAUGAAGAUCAGUCUCAACACAAGGAUUCUGCUUUAUGUGCUCCCUUUACGAGGUUCAAACUUUCUAAGACC